AGAUUAUGCCAUCAAACGUAAACACGGUUGCGUCGUUUGUUUUCGAGUCGUCAGCUGGGAGAAGAAAAUAGAGGAAAUAUACAACGAAUUAUUCACUGAAAAUUGCCGAAUUUUGAUAUCUACAUUGAUCAACACUACUCUAUCGCAUCAAAAGACUGCUAAGUGCCACAAAAGCCCACACAACUGCCAUUGAUUGAACACUACAGAUAUAUUUGCCACUGAAUCAGCUUGAUCCACUCCCUUGUGCCAACAUGUUCAGCAGUGUUACUAACUACCUGUUUGGGUCCUCCCAGCCUGAGGAGGAGGAGACUGUGCAGAAAAUGGAGCUGGAGACAUCCCCUGCCAAGGAUGAUGAUUGGUUGAUUGUCAACGUUCAAGAUAAGACUACGUGUGUCACUGUUCCAACAGUCUGUCGAGUCUCGGGUCACUCCCCCUAUAGUAGUGACAGCGACACUGGUAUGGGCCAUGGCACGCCCAGCACGUCUGGUGCCUCCACGCCUAACUCCAGGUUCUUUCUGCGUAUGCAUGAAAGUUGGAUUUUAACCCCACCUCCUUGUUUUACUGCAGGCGGCCCAACGUCCCAAGUUCCUAUGACAGAAAUGGAGAACCUCCUGAUCGAACAUCCCAGUAUGUCUGUCUACAACAGUCACUGCUCCCGAGGAAGUUCCGGGGAGGACAGUAAUCUCUCCGAGUCUUCCACGGACAGUAUAUCUAACAUUGUGGCCAAAAAGGGUCUCCGUCCAAGAAACAGUCAAGGGCAGGUAAUCCGACAGGCCCCGAGGCGACCCAAUGCUGUGGCCGCUCGGUGUGGGAUUCUUGCCCAGGCCGAGGCCCUGAAAUCUGCUCAGCGUUCCAAGCAACGCAAAGAAUCUCUCCAUCUCUCCAAAGGCAGCUUAGAUAGACACAACAAGACUACACUUCGCCACAGCAAGAAAUUCAGCCAGAAGAACAGAAUCCAAACUCCCUCUGGACGCAACUUCAACACUCAGCAGAUGAAGCACUAAGAAUGGUCCCGGAUAGUCUCUGUAACAAAUUGAUAGGAUUUUUUGUGUAAAGAUUGUUAUUUAAAAGUUAAUGGUUUUUUUCUCCCAAAUUUUUAAAUUGGUGAUUUGGGUAUUUGUUUGAUUAUUUCCAGCAUUUUUCUUUUUCUGCACUUUAAAGGAACAAGCAUAAAUUUUUUUUUUCAACUUUUUUGUUGUAUGUACAUUGUAGCUUAACAUUUUAAAAUCCAUUCCGUUUCAUAUGGAAUGUAAAAAAAGAAUUAGUUUAGACUUAGUUGUUGUGAUAUAAAGGAAACAUAGAAUAUAAUUGUGUAAGUGAUACCUGUUCAGCACAACCUAAAGUGUAUAUCUCAAUUUAGUUCAGUAGAUUCUGUCAAAUACAAAUAUAUAUUUGGUGCAUUAUUUAUAUCUGUGUUUUGCUGACACAGGCAAAUCCACUUUGUAAUUUUAUCAAAACAAAUUUCAAAUCCACGAAUCCACCGACUUUUAAAUUUUAAAGAAUGAAACAUAUUUUUGUUCUCUUUUAUUUUUACCUUGUAUACCAAGUUACAUAUUUUCAAAUUUUAAAAGAAUUUUUACAGUUGUUAUUAUUUUUCAAGAUUUGUAAAUAUUUGUGUAAUUUUUAAAUCCAUUAUCGUUAGACGUGCAAUAGCCUCAGUGAUGUAAACACCUAGUUUCCUUGGUAACAGGAUCUAUUCUGUUUUGAUUACCGGUUAUUUCCAUAACACCCCGUUGUUUGUUACCUGCCAGUGUUAAGGAUUCCAAGAUCUCAAUGAAACACUGUCAGUGGUCAAUUUGCCUAUGUUCUUACCAGCAAUCUAUCUAUGCAAUUAGGCCCACUCGCUAUAGUACUAAACUCACAACUGAUAAAGUAGCUGUGGGGUUUAUAAUUAUUUUAUGUCAUUUAAAGAUCAUGUUGACAUUUGUCCAUAAAUAUGGUGCAUAAUUGAUGAAUAUAAUCCAAUUCAGGUGAAAAAGAACUUUGUGAGAAUGGUUACCAAAGAUUUCAACUUAUGAAUGGUUGCUUACAACUUUACAGAAGUUCAUGUAAAGCUAUGGAUAAUCAGUUGUUUUGAUUGAUAGAUAUUGUGUAUAAGAGAAAAAUAAAAUGCAACAGAUUUUAUGAUAAUGCUGGGUGAAUUUUGAACAUUUGAUUCAGAAGUUUGAGGAAUGCAACAUUCUUUUAUACUUUGUUAUUAAUUUUUAGAACUUCCACUCUCUAUCAAGUUUUUCCAAUCAUGUCAGAUUGUCAGAAUCUCAAAUAAAAAAAAAAUUCAAAAUCCUAUUCAAUUCAUUUUAUAUCAUCCAUAAAUUAGCUUGAAUUACUGUUAAUUUGAUUUGGGUAUGUUGAUUGUUAAAACAGCUAGAAUCUCUCAUUUUUGAAUUUUUGAAAGAUUAACUGAUGUUGCAACAGAUGAAAUAAUGUAAACUAAUUGCGAGAUAGUGUAUUCAAUGUUAUUUAUUGCGAUAUUAAAAAACUUGCAUUUUUGAA